AUGUCACCUUCACCGCAGCUUGCGCCAGCUGGGAGCAGCAUCUACUCGUCGGACAGCAUGUACGUAGGGGACGGAACAUGGGAUUCUUCAAGGAAUACUUUCUUGUUGCCGAACCUCGUGGGUCUGAAUUUUGAGACCAUGCGGUACAAUGGCAUGGGCAAUCGCUUCCGCGACUUUGCAGGAUACCAUUCCCUCAUCACUGGACACGGUGUUCUGGCUGCGAUCACUUUCCUAGGCGUAGUGCCCGCGGCCAUCCUCUUCGCCCGGUUCUACCAUCGGGACCCUCGUUUGGCCCUUCGAAUGCACAUAUGGCUCCAGAUUCUUACCGUUGCAUUCACCAUAGUCAUCUUUACGCUGGGUUUCUUCGCUGUAGGACCUGAGAGGAGCCUGACAAACCCCCAUCAUGGCAUAGGGACUGCAAUCUUCGUCCUGGUUCUUGUUCAGGCGAUAGGAGGCGGCAUCAUUCAUCGUGCUGAGAAAGGGAAGGAUAGGUUCAAGAUACCAUUGAAGUUGAUGAUGCACCAAUGGUUCGGCCGGGCGAUCGCCUUGUUGGGCAUAAUACAGAUUGCGCUCGGUUUGACCCUUUACGGUUCUCCGCGGUAUCUUUUCAUCCUUUACGCGGUGGUCGUCUUCGCCUUGUUGCUCCUCUACUUCAUCCUCACAUACCGGAACCAACCGGUCGGAAUGUUCGACGAUGGUGGAACGUACAUAUCAGGUGCGCGGACAGAUGUCACCCGAACAGACGUCAGCGAUCGCCGCAGCCACCGCGCAAGGAAUCUGGGCGCACUGGCGGUGGCAGGCGCGGCAGGCGCGGGGCUGGCCUCGGCGAGAAGGAGAUCUCGAAGCCGAAGAGGCGGAGAAGAGGAAGGGAGGACGGAUGUUGCCAGCUCACAGCACUCGUCCCGCCACAGAUCGCGUACACCAUCCGGAUCGUUCCUUGAAGAAAAGCACCGAGAGGACGAUCGAAACCGACGAGACAACACAUGGCGUAACCGCCUUCUUGGUGCUGGAGUGGGUGUAGGUGCCCUCGCAGGCCUCCGAGGCUUGUUGAAUCGACGGAAUCGGGAUCGCGAGAGCGAUGUUGGUAGCUAUGCUCCUCCACCCGGCGGCGCCUCGACUGUCACACAGACCGAUCUGAGCAGGAUAGAAGAGGGACGGGCUCCGAUGUCGCCGAACGAUCGAUGGGCGCGUGUUGAACAACAAGAGGCAGCACAGGCGGCAGCAAUGGCCAGUCCCACUCGACCGAGAGUUCGAGCACGAAGGAGCGGCGAGUCGCUUACAUCCUACGACAGCCGUACAAGCUUCACCGACGAUAGAGACGGAGCUCAUGGCGGAGGCCACACUGCCCGCAACGGCAUCGCUGCCCUGGGAGUAGCGGGCUUCCUGCGCCACAAAUUCACGCAACGUAGGGACAGAAAGGAAGAGCGUAGGGUCGCCGAAGUCCGCCAACGAGAGCAAGAAAACGAGCGUAUCGUGCGCGACAACAGCAGAAGACAACGACGACAUACGGGGGACGGUGCUCCUCGGCACAGCAGCAGAGACACUCGGCGGACCUCGCUGCCCGAGUCCUCAGCCAUUACCGGCAGCAAUCCGGAGCUGUCGCGCCACACGUUGCGGCCGCCGCCGCUGCCUACUACGAACACUCGUCUACCAACAGGCGAUGUUCCUACUCUGGGCAACCGGACGGUCGUGUUCGAUGGAAUUCCAGCUGGCGGGACCACACUACCACCCAAUACAACUCUCGCUCCGACAACCACUGCUCCGGUAUUUGUACCGCCAGCCACUUAUGAUCCACCAGUGACGACGUACAACACCGCCUCCGCGCCAGGCCCCUACAUUCCCCGAACCAAUGGCCCUAACCCUAACAACAACAUGCUGCAAGACGUCGCCGCCGCCGCAGCCGCCGGAGCCGCAGCCGGAGCAGCCGGUGCAGCCGCAAACAGCAGCCGCCACCGGUCGACCAGCCGACAGCGCAGCAGCAACGGCGAGGGCAGCGUCGGCUCGCCUCCCGUCUCCGUGAAAGUGAAGAUGCACAACGACGGCCGGCACGUGACGCUCAGACGGCUGAACGAGGCCGAAGCAGCCGCGGAGCGGGACACCAGGCGGCGCGAGCGGCAUCGUCGGCGCGCUGGCAGUCUGAGCUCUGUUAGCGGGAACGACGAUCGCUGGCGCAGGGCCGAGGCGAGGGAGGCGGCGGAGGCGCAGCAGAUCGCCGCCGGUGCUGGACCGAGACCUCGCGAUCCGAUGCCGACGACGCUGCCCACUACGUUGCCGCCUCCGCCGCCGGGCCCGCCGCCCCCGAAUGCGAUGGGCUAUCCGGGACCGGCGAUGGGGGCUCCGCCGCCGCCGGCGCAUGCGUACCAGACGCAGACGCAGAUGCCGUUGCCGCCGCCGCCUAUUCCUGCUGCGGCGAGCGCGAUGGGUGGCAGUGUGGGGAGUCCUGGCGCGUAUGGUACUGAGACGGAUGUGAGUAAUUACGAUAGUAAUAGGAGAAGGAGGAGGGCGGAGAGGGCGCAGGCGAAGCUGGCGGCGAAACAGAGUGGGAGCAGGGUUGAGUUUACGUGA